AUGUUUUUAAAAAAAUUAUCAAAAUUCUAUAAGAUCGUUUCAUUUCGUAUAAUUCAAUCCAGUAACGUUAAAGAAGAAAAACUUAAUAGGUCUGAUGUGGAUAAGUUUAGUCACUUGAUUUUGAUAGAUACAUCACCAACACUUCGUUCAACAGUUCUUUAUUUUCAUUAUAAUCAUCCACAAAUAAGAACAACAACAUCGAUGAUCAUAACAAAUCGUACACAUUUACAAAUUAUUUGGUAUGGUGCAUAUAAUGAUACAUCAACUCAUUCUCUGAUUCUUUUGCUUCGUACUCAUGGUACAUUAUAA